CAUGAAGCUAGCAGGUACCGAAUAUAUUAUGUAGCGUAGCGGCCCCCUUUGCGUUCGAUUUUUUCUAUCUCUCCGCAUUCAUCUUCCAGUCUCUCUUCUUCCAGCUCGAUCCAAGUGUCUGGACUCGAUCUACAUCUCUACGACUUUGGUAUCCUUUUACCCACAUUUCAAGACCUCCACCCAUCUAUCUCUACAACUCAACACCAGUACACAAUGUCCACUGCUCAGGAGCAGAACGCUAUCAACGCCGGCAUGGAGAAGGAAACCAACGGUGUCAAUGGUGUCAAUGGCUACGACCACGCAACCCCAAACCUCGGUCCCAUCAAGCAGCGCAAGCCCUACGACUAUGGCGGCAACCCUCUGGCACACAUCAACACUGGCGAGUCGGUCCGCCUUCCUGCCUUUGGUGGUGAAUUCCAGCCUGGUCUCUACAAGCCCAUCGCCGACCGCAAGUUCGCCAACCCUGCACCUCUCGGCCUCAGUGCUUUCGCCCUGACUACAUUCGUCCUGUCUCUGAUCAACCUUGGUACUCGUGGUAUCGCUGAGCCCAACAUCGUUGUUGGUGCUGCCUUCGCAUACGGUGGUCUUGUCCAGCUUCUCGCCGGUAUGUGGGAGAUGGCAGUGGGUAACACCUUCGGUGCUACUGCUCUCUCGUCGUAUGGCGGAUUCUGGAUCGGAACAGCCAUUAUUUUGACCCCUGGAGGCUUCGAGAUUGUCAGCGCAUACGAGGGCACUCAGUUUGAUGACGUCUUUGGCUUCUAUCUGAUGGGCUGGUUCAUCUUCACCUUUAUCCUCCUCAUCUGCACGCUGCGAUCCACUGUUGCGUUCUUCUUCCUCUUCUUCACGCUGGAUCUUGCCUUCCUCAUGCUUGGUAUCUCAUACCUUCAGCACGGAAACACUGCCUGUCUCAGAGCUGGUGGUGCUUUCGGUAUGCUUGCCGCAUUCGCUGCCUGGUACAACGCUCUGGCUGGUAUCGCCGACAGCAGCAACUCCUUCUUCAUCAUUCCCGUCGCCCACUUCCCAUGGUCCGACAAGGGCCGUGAAAGACGCGAGAAGGUUGACAACUCGGAUGCACGUGCUGCUCAGGAGGUUUAAACGAUAACCUAACGAACAUUGUUAUGCAAGUUCGAGAUCCUGUCCGCAGUAACGGUUGCAUGGUCUUGGAUUCAGGAUGACUACUUUUCGUAUGUUUUGUUAUUACUUUUGCAGGAUACCCAGGUUUUACGAAGGCUUCACGAAGGAUUGAGGGAGCCUUUCAACAGAACGAUCUGUUUCACAAUUUUCUCACACCAUUUCGAUUCAACCGUUUAAUACUCGAAUCAAUCAAAUCGUCAUUCCAAACAUGUAC